GAACAGCACGAACACUUGACAUUCGCAAUCAGUCAGCACGCCACUAAAGACAUGCUCUUGGUCACAGUAUUAAUUGGAGCCCUCCUGCUGGUGCCAGUCUAUCCGGAAACCCACCGCUUGGGCUAUAAUCCGAACUAUGAUGUGUGGUAUUUCGUGCCGCCAACACCAAUUGAAAAUCUAAAACCAGCCGUGAUGCAUGCCUAUUUUCAACACAGUAAGAAGGGCGGCAUUUGCUUUAAGGAUCAUGUUUAUAUCUUUUGCAAAACUGGUCUAAAAAUCGAGUAAAACAAAUAUUGAAUCCAGCUUUUAAGUGGUAAAUUCAUGUCAAUAAUUCAUUUUACACACAACAUUAACCAGAAAAGUGUCGAGCGUGUGUGCUUGUUUUUUUUUAUACCGUGUCAAAUGAUCAGCAAAGCUAAAUGAUGUCAUUUGAGAGCUGCAAAAUCAAAGCAAAUAAAUCUCAUCUGUAUAAGUGAAAAUAUGUGCAAAAAAACGUAAAAGAUAAAAUCAGUGAUUUCCAUUUGUUAAA